UGUGUGCGAGUGCCUUUGUUUGUAUCAUAGAAAAAGUUGAUCUUGUAGGAAAAGUGUAUGGCCAAGGAGUUAUCACAAUUACGGAGUCACUCUGUUAAUAAGUUUGAUAAAUAAAGUAGUGCAUGUAGUCUGUAGCAUAGAGCUAAAGUAAGCGAGUGUUUACAAAUCGGUGCGAAUUUGAGGUGCAGUGUUGACUGCUCGAGGCACAUAUAACCUCAAAUAUUGUCUCAGUACAUAUUAUGAAUAUUUUCAGUAAAUUUAUAUCAUAAUUAAGCAAGUUAUGAAAAGCAGCCAGAACAUAAUUGGGGUGAAAGAAGAGGCACAGGAUACUUGGCCAUACGCAGGCGACGAUUAUGAUUUCGAUUCGGUGGACUCUUCCGAAGCCAAAAACAUUCAAAUGUUCCCGCUUUAUAAAUCACCGGCAAAUCAUACGAACGAAGUUAUGCGGUUUCAGGAAAGAUUAAACGAAAAAAUAUUCAUAGACUUCGAGUGCAAAGAUGUUAAGCCUGAUCUAAUGCCUAUGUCGACCAACAUCUGCAAAACCGAGUUCAAAAAUAUUCAACCGAUCAUAAAGUUAGAAAACGAAAAUCAAACAAGUAGGAUGAAUAAAAAUAUAUACAUCGAAUUUGAGUGCAAAAAUGUGAAACUUGAAGGCAAGACUCCAUCGACAACCAUGUGCAAAACUGAGGAUCAAAGUUGUUUGCCUAUAGUAAAAAUAGAAAACGGAAAUCAGACCAUUGAUACAAAUGGAAAUAUAUCCACUGAUUUUGCAGUACAUUGUCGAACGAAGGCUUUUGAAUGUGAAAUUUGCCGCAAGUUAUUUGCAUAUAAAAAUGAGCUCAAUAGUCACAUAAAAACAGUACAUGAUGGGAGCAAACCCUUUCAAUGUGACACUUGUUACAAAUCAUUUGGACGGACAAGUAACCUCAAACGUCACAUAAAUUCAGUACACAAUCGAAGCGCACCGUUUGAAUGUGACAUUUGUCACAAAUCGUUUAGUCGCAAGGAUAUCGUCAAAACUCACAUAACUACAUACAUAAUCGCAAAACCGUUUGAAUGUAAUAUUUGUGAAAAAUUAUUUGGAUACAAGGCUGACCUCAAAAAUCAUAUAAAUGCCGUACAUCAUAUGACGAAACCCUUCGAAAGCGACAUUUGCCACAAAUCGUUUGAAUGGCAGAGUAAACUCAAACGGCAUAUAAUGGCAGUAACCAAUUGUAAACUCUAG